CUCAGGAGGGGCCAGUAUAUCAGACUGUGCAAUUGAGCAUCGCUGUUCUCUUCCGAAAAAGGCGUGCAUCUCGCCAAGAUGCGUUUUAGAAGCAGGUUGCGUGCUUUCAGGAGUUUAGAAGCGAUGCAGCCAGCAGUACGCAGUGCUUUCGAGUGAGAAUGGAUUCUCCCAUCACCUGUGAUUCAAGUGGUUUGCCCCACUAUUCAGCCACCCUACCCUGAAUGAGUCAUCCUGCUCUUCCCUGAUUGGGCAGUUGGGAUCCAUCCCGAGGGAUUGCCGUGCAGAAAGCUGCCGAGGCCUGACUUCAUUCACAGAAACGUCGGUAUGCCCGUCUGCCUUUCCAUUCACAGCCAGCCUGAAUCAUUUUUGCCCACCAUCCUCUCUUCCUCUCCUCAGCAUCUUUUUUCUGCAUCACUGUGACAACAGCAAGCGAGGAGCACUUUUAACGCUUUGUCUUAGCGAAGAAGACAAUCCCUUCCUCUCUCGCUCUCUCUCUCUCUCUCUCUCUCUCUCUCUCUCUGUCUUUUCUUCUUUUUUUUCAAUUUGCAGGCAGGCAGAAAAGCGAGACGCUGGGAGGGACUGCAGUGCGUUAGCCGCAGCAGUACAGGAAGCUUGUGAAUGACUGCCGCUUCCCUGUCACGAGCUCUUCUGGACAUUUUACAUGAAUGGCUGUUUUUUUGCUGCCUUAAUGUCACGGGCUUCAUCCCGUCGGCUGCUUUUUAAUGGGGCCGGGAGAUCUGACAUCACUAUUUACAGUUGUAUCCCCGCCGAAUCUGGAUGGCGUUUUAGUGAGAUCGAAUCUUGAGGUUGUGUUUGAAAGGGAUGUUUAAUUAUUCAACAAAGCCCAUUGAGGAGCAAAGCUCAGCUUCUUUUGCCUUCUGUAGGGGGGGAUAUUCGAGUGCUGGCGUGGAUGGAUUUAUGCCGACGUUUCGUAGUACGUAAGGAAGAACAAAUGUGACAAACAAAGAGAUAAAGCCGUAUCGGUCUUGUGGUUUAAAUUCAAGCACAUUUGAAACUUGCCGUUAACAAUGGCGAUGGAUAAGCGAGGUAGAACCAACCAGAUUGAUGCGGUUGCGGGCGAAAGGUGAACGCUUUCAAAUAUUUCAUGUCAUUUUGGUAGAUUAUCAUUUCUCAAUCAACGGCAAGUCAUGCAACACACCUUUUCACUAGAGAGCCUUGCUUCUGAAUUCAAGUAAAACUGCGAUUGCGUGUGCGGAAAAUUAGCGAUCGCCAUGCACGGCGACUCAAGUUUCAUUCUGUGUGGCGUACAUGUGAUCCAACAACACGCACGGUACUUUAUGCAUUGAAUUAUGUCAGUGGACUGAUUUUGAUUCUAGUUUAUUCUGACUGAGCUCGGAUUUCACUACAGUGAUCUGUUUAUCACAUCUUUUCCGUUCUGUUUAUUCGGACUGAAUAAAAGCGAGAGGUGUUCCUACGGCCAGGGCGAAUUUUGAGAAUUGAUUGGUUCUACCGAGCUGUAAGUGGGAGUUUUUUUGUAACGGAAAGUGCUCUGCAGUGUUGAGUGAGUCUUUUGUUGAGAAGGGUCUCUCUCUCUCUCUCUCUCUCUCUCUCCGAGUGAGUCAUGCAUGUUCAGGGAUCUGCCAGGAUGCGGGGGGGGAGAGAGACAUCUCUUCACUAGAGCUCUGUCUCUCUCUCUCUGCCAUCUCUGGCUCUCUAUCUCUGUAGAGGAGCGACCUCGCGCUGCUUUUCUCUCUCGUCGUCCUCUGUCUCUAUGGAUUCCGCGUUUUGUGGUUUAUUUUUGGUCCCCGAGCUCCUGCUGCCGCUGCCGCGCGGCGUCGGAUUUUCCUGACGGCCACUCGCUCUCUUUCUUCGAACCCUCGAGGACGCUUUCUCGGCUCCAGCAUGCUAAAGAAGUGGACGGUCAGCUGGGAGUUGGAUGUGUCUGUUCGUGUGUAGGCUGGCACACCGAGGGGAAUGCUUCACCGUGCUAAAUACAACCGAUUCCGGAAUGAGUCAGUGACGUCUGUCGAUGAGCUUCUGCACGGUCUCUCCAUGAACGCCAAGGUCUCGGCCGUCCCGCCGUCGCUGCCCGUGGGCGACCCUCCGUACGCCCGGCCAGCCGAGGUCUUGCUGCCCGACCCUGCUGAAGAGUCCGGCACCUUUUGCACCCUCAUCAACAAAGUCUCCAACCUCAAAUUCGCCAACUCCUCUGGACUGCUGGGCAUCAAGGGCCUGCCGUCCGCCGUCAAGGACCUGGCUGUGUCCAAGCUCCAGGGAGGAGCGUCAGGAGGCGGAUCCGGCAGCCCGGGCUCGUCUGCCCUCCCUGCGACCUCUGGAGCGCCUCACGCCCCGCUGGAGCCCGGCUCGGCCAGCUCGGGGAAGAAGGGCAGGAUGGAAGAGUCUCAGCCCGGCGGAGAGGGCUGGGGCCUGGGAGGGACGGGUGUCGCGGGCUGCAGUGGGCUGGUGAAUAAGCCUUCUCGUGGAUGGCUGCACUCCAGCGAAAAGAUUUCCGGACCUGGAGUGACGUAUGUCGUUAAGUAUUUGGGCUGCAUUGAAGUUCUCCGGUCCAUGAGAUCCCUGGACUUCAACACACGCUCACAAAUCACACGGGAGGCGAUCAGUCUGGUGUGUGAAGCCGUCCCUGGUGCCAAAGGAGCUCUGCGCAAGAGAAAGCCUCCCUCGAAACUCCUCUCCAGUAUUCUGGGCAAGAGUAACCUGCAGUUUGCUGGUAUGAGUAUCAACCUCAACAUCUCCACCAGCAGUUUAAACCUGAUGACACCGGACUCCAAACAGAUAAUAGCCAAUCAUCACAUGCAGUCCAUAUCCUUUGCCUCCGGUGGAGAUCCGGACACGACUGAUUACGUCGCUUAUGUGGCGAAAGAUCCUGUUAACCGGAGAGCAUGUCAUAUUCUGGAGUGCUCUGACGGUCUGGCUCAGGAUGUGAUCAGUACGAUCGGUCAGGCGUUUGACCUGCGCUUUCAGCUCUAUUUGCAGUGUCCGUCCAGCAAACCCUCGGCCAUGCAUGACAGGGUUAUGAGUACAGACGAGCCCCCGUGGACAGAGGAAGGAGAGGAGUCUGCCAAUCAUCACUACUACAACAGCAUUCCCGGAAAGAUGCCACCACCAGGAGGAUUCAUUGACUCUAGAUUGACCAAUCAGACGCAAGACAGCAGCCAGGCCGCUGGAGUCGACCAGACGUACUACCAGGGCCGACCCAUGUUCAUCCAACAAGGGUCCUGUGACAUAUACAGUCUCCCUGAGGUCAAAUGUCAAGCCCCUAAGGCAGGAGAAGUGCCCACGUAUGUGAACACGCAGCACAUUGACACGCAGGUGUUGGCCGCGCUCCAGGGAGAGUCAGAGACACUGUCUGAAUCGGGCACGAGCGGGACAGCUAAAGACAGCCCGAGGAAGGACCUCUUUGACAUGAAGCCGUUUGAGGACGCCAUCAUGACCCAGACUCCAGCUCCGGCUCCUGCCUCAGAGCUGCAUAAAGCGGCGUCCGUGGAUAACUGCAGUCCUCUGCUGAUGCGCGCGGCCGCUCUGAGAGCUCAGGAGGAGCUGGAGGACCAGACGUGGUACCACGGAGAGAUGAGCCGCCGCCAGGCCGAGAAACUGCUGCUCAACGACGGAGACUUCCUGGUGCGCAAGAGCAGCACUAACCCGGGCUCAUACGUCCUGACGGGGAUGCACCACGGCCUGGCCAAACACCUGCUGCUGGUCGAUCCGGAGGGAACGGUCCGGACGAAAGAUCACAUAUUCGAGAGCAUAAGCCACCUGAUUGGCCAUCACCGUGACAACAACCUGCCAAUCGUCUCGGCGGGAAGCGAACUGUGUUUGAAGCAGCCGAUGGAACGAAAACAGUGAUGACACCUGAAAUCCCGCGGGAGGCUCAUGCGCCACUCUUUCACGAAAACAACUGAUCUCCGUCGGAGAACACGUGACGCUUGACUGUGACGGCAUUUGUAGACGGACGAUUUUAGAAAGCGCUCUCACCGAAAGCAGAAUUCUAGAACUGACACAGUUAUUUUAUUGCGCUGGUUGAGAAUCUCUAUUUUUGAAGAAGACGGCGGUGGAUUUUCGGACAGCCGUUCGAAACGGGAGUUUGGACGAACUCGGUCUCCAAGAGGGAUGAUACGAAAAGUAGAUAAAGAGUAUUUUAGAAUAAAAAAGUUUUAGUUUUGUCUAUCAAGCACAACCGGAUUUUCAUGUUCGCUGGUAAGAGAUAGAAGGAAAACGAAUAUUUGAGAAAACGUAAAGCUGUUUAUAUCGACCUAUUUUAGGAGUUGGUCCUUCACUGCAGCUAGUGCGCGAGAUCAUUUGGUAGCUUCACUGCUUUUCAGAGGGAAGAUGACGUGAAUGUGUUUGCUUUAACAGAAAUCACACUCUGACAUGCUGCACGAAC